AUGUCUCAAAGCAUGCAAACGAGGAGCCAUGGCCCUAUAACCAGGUUCUUGUCAAUCGCCAAGAAUUUCACCCAAGAGCAGACACCGUCUGCAGAUGAACCGGUCGCUGGCAGUGGCUCCACAAAGAAUAAACGCAAGCGCGAAGCCGGGCAUGAAGACGGUGCUCAGAAACGACGCCGUCUGGACAACACCCCAAAAGAUGAUGGAAACAAGGACAAGCCAGAACCAAGCGGAAUGCCUCCUGUCUGGGCAGAGAAGCGUGCUGCCAUAGCAGAUGCCUUGCCCUAUUUUAGGGCGCACCAAAGUGGCCUGCAUUCUAAUAAGAAAGUCGCAAAAGGCUUUCUUAUCGGUGCAAAGGUGGAAAUUCGUGAUCGCUUUGAAAGUGAAGUGAUUAUCACAUCGCCCGGAGGCGGACACGUCGAAGACAAAUCGACGCGCCAGAUGGUUAGAGAGAAGGACCAGGAAGACAACUUCCGUAUCCAAGCCUUUUCCGCGAUUAUGAAGAAGCCGCGCCGUUCCCUCGUAGUGAUCGCUGAUUCUGGAAAUCCAUUAUUCCCAGUCAAACCUCCACAUGAGUAUAACGUCCUGGAUCAUUUCCAGGUUACAGACAUAUGGUCUGAGAAGGUCCAUGGGCAUGGUGGUAAACUCGUUAAAAUAUACAGGAUCAGACUAGAAAAAGUCAAUCUGAAGUCCAGAUCCUGGUGGACACCGAAGGACGCAAAUGAAGAGAGCAUAGGUGAGGUCGAAGUUGGACAUCAUGUCUGCGCACUUGCCUACUGCCUUGCUUGUAGAAAUCCCAGCAAAGUGAUAUACAAGCAAGGUUGGACAUGCUUGCACAAAGAUUGCAAGCAAUUCUUUUGCUUUCCCCGGAACAAGGAUUCUACCGACCUUAAUCCCGCCGAAUUGGAGUACAACGAGGACUUCUUGAAGGAAAGAACCCCUUUCCUCGGCGACAAUCUGUGUCCUCUUGUGCCGCCUCUACCUCAAAUAACAGACAAAACCUUUGGCAGCGAGAAGGAGUUUAAGGCUGGUAUUGUCUGUCCCAGAUGCGGAUGCUGUAUAAGACGAAUGAAAUGGGUUGGUUGGUUCUGCGAGAACCCUCUUUGUGAAUUCUCAUAUCGCAUCCCCCUAAAGAAGUUUCACACGAUAGACUUCACCGAUGGAAACGGGUCUAAGAGCAACAAGGACUCCUUUGACAAGUGUGUCAAAAGGAUGCCACAAGUUACUACCAGCAACCACAUAUUCACCACCUACUUUCUUCCAGAUGAGAAAAAAGGCUUCCUCGGAACAAUCACAGUAAUUCGACCUAGGGAAGGGGUGUUUACAAGAUCAGGUGGUAUUAAUGAUCUGUAUACCCGAUUCCAAGAUCAAGACCUUGGAUUAGAAAGACGAGGUGCUCGGGCUGCAGGUUCCCGAAUCGAAGAACUGACAUCGCAUUUCAGCGCAAACUAUGGCGCUCCCUACAAGUUCGGUGUCGUUGUAAAAACAACAAUGGGCCUGCCAGGGGCCCAGCCUCCUAUCGUGGAAACCCUUCUUCGCCUAACUUGGGCAGGUGAGGCGUCUGUAGCAGCCUCAACGAAGUUCAUAAAGGAUGAGAACUUAAAGGUCGAUGACGAUGCGAUCCCGGACGAAUUUGAGAAAUUUAAUGAGCUUCUUGCCUUGGGGUAUUUCGAAGGCUCGAAAAUCAGCGCACAUGAUGAUGGAGAGAAGGAGUUAGGUCCUACAGUGGCUACGUUAUCUCUUGGAUCUGCAUCUUUGAUGAAAUUCUCCGCCAAAAAGGGGGUAAAUGUUGGCGCCAAGGGAAAGUUCGUUUUGUCACUUGUACUCAAGCAUGGAGACAUGCUUGUUAUGCAUGGCGCAGGAAUCCAGAAAUUCUAUCUACACGAGGUUUCUAAUCUCGGAAAGCAUCGGUUUGCUAUGACCUGCCGUCAUAUUCGACCAGAAAGCAUCGCGGACAAGGCUCAGCGAGAGCGGGCUAAAAUCGAUGGUCAGCUCUCUAAGGAAUGGGCUUCAAUCAAUUACAAUGGACACAGCGAUAGGUUUGAGUCGAAGACUGGGGACGCCGUUGAGUGCCCCACGACUACCACGGACAGCACAACCGCCCAAGUCCAACAGAGCAUUCCUACAGACGACCAAACCAAGUCUGGCGAUAUUGAGACUCGGGCCUCAUCAAGCACUCCAGAGCCCUGA